GCGUAGUGAGCGGCGGGGCGCCCAUGGCGGAGUCGGACUCUGAGGGAGCGAAGGUCAACGGAGGAUGCGAUCUCACUGGCUCUCCACUCCCUACUGGACCUCUUGGACAAUAAUAACACUUUUGUCAGGCUGUUGUUCAUAGGCUAAAGCAUCCGGCCCGCAGACUUCCGUCUUCUCCGGUACCUGGAAGACAAAGCUUGUUACUAACCAGCCAUAUGAUGAAAGUCUGGAUGUAAAUGAUUCGGAAGAAGUAGCAAGCAUCUAUACCCCAUCCCCAAGGCAGCCUGCUGGCCCCAGGAUAAGCCGCUCCCAAACCAGAAUUAUGGCAGAUAACAGCAGCGAUGAGUACGAGGAGGAGAACAGUAAGAAAUCAGAGCAGGAGAAAAAGAAGAGCUCAAAGUCCCUGCAGCAGGGGUUUGUAGAAAAUGAGGAUGAGGAGGAAGAUGAAGAUUCAGACGACACAGAAUCUGAUGAAGAUGAUGAAGAACAUGGAGCACCACCAGAAGGUGCAUAUGAUCCUGCAGAUUAUGAGCAUCUUCCUACUUCUACGGAAAUAAAGGAGCUCUUUCAGUAUAUCACACGGUAUACUCCACAGUCUAUUGAGCUGGAUCACAAACUGAAGCCAUUCAUUCCUGAUUUCAUUCCGUCAGUUGGUGAUAUUGAUGCUUUUUUGAAGGUCCCACGUCCUGAUGGGAAGUCGGACAACCUCGGCCUGAUCCCGUUGGAUGAACCUUGUGCAAAGCAGUCGGAUCCGACUGUACUGUCCCUGUGGUUAACGGAGAAUUCAAAGCAGCACAGUGUUACGCAGCUGAAGGUGAAAAGUCUGGAGAAUGUGGAAAAGAAUCCCAAGGCUCUUGACAACUGGAUGGAAAGUAUCAGUGAGCUGCACCGCUCCAAACCACCCGCUAAUGUUCACUACACCAAGCCCAUGCCUGAUAUCGAUUCGCUCAUGCAGGAGUGGCCACCAGAGUUUGAGGAGCUGCUGGGAAAGGUGAGCCUGCCCACAGCAGAAACCAACUGUGACCUGCCCCAGUACAUUGAUAUGAUCUGUGCAAUUCUGGACAUCCCUGUAUACAAGGACCGUAUCCAAUCCUUGCAUGUGCUGUUCACCCUACACUCAGAGUUCAAAAACUCACAGCAUUUCAAAGCUCUUGCAGAAGGGAACAAGGUGAGCAGUUCUGAGGAGCCUCCAUCUCACAACGCAGAUGUGGACACAAUAACGUAUGACUAAAUAGCAGCUUUGGGCAACUAACUCCAGAGGAACCUUUAAAGCCUUCUUUGAAUUCUUUAAAAAAACCAUCCUGAGUUGUUUAUUUUUCUAUUUAUUCUGUACAUUUUUCCAAUAAAUAUUAUUCUGAACAAGAA